GGUGAUGGUGAGGUCGUUUGUCGCAGUAGGACGGAGUGCGAUGCGUCACUGUAACCUACUAACAACCUUCCCCUUCCUCAGGCUGAAUGCGGAGAGAGCUCUAACGGCGGUGCUGGUGGCGGUGCUGGUGACGGUGGCAGCCUCCCAGUUCAAAAUCCACGCAGGCCUUGGCGCUGGCACGGACGAGAGCGACGCGACUCUGCGCCAGGUUCUCUCCGACGACAACAUCACGCACUUCGUCGACUGCAUGAUCAAGCCCUGGGACUCCGCCUGCACCGAGCGAGCCCCGAUCAUGUCAAUCAUGAUCAAGUACGCAGUGCAGGAGAACCUUCAGUGCACCGCAUGCUCGGACCGCGUGAAGGAGCAGAUGAAGUUUAUCCACAGCCGCCUCCGGAGCCACCAGGACGAGUGCGUUAGGCUGCUCAACGGCACCAACCUCGGCAGGAUGGCGAGGAAGAUUUGCAUAGAGUAGACGCUGCCACCCAGGGGCUCAUCGAAUACAUCUGAAAGGCCCGUAUUCUCAGACGCUUUCGGCUCUCGCAACACCUAUUUCCAAAGGCCAAAAAGGAAAUUAGUCGGGUUCUCUUGAGGGUUUUUCACGGUCAUGGAGGCCUUGUCAAACUACAAUAAGGCUCCUAAAACAACCUCAAGGAAAGCCUUACCAAAUGUGUGUGUGUGUGUGUGUGUGUGUAAAUGUUUGAGAAUACGGGCCUUACUUUUCUCAUCCACGCGUUACAAAUGAUCGACAAUUAGCGAAACAUCGUCCGUGACGACGCAGCGGUCCACUCGCUUCAUGCUGUCACGAUCAAGAGGUUAGAGGAAGAGAAACCAAACUGUUGUCAUAUGGGGAACGUUUUUUUUUCAUAGUUUCUGGAACGAACGGACUAUUAAAUGUUCUUCAAAGUUUUCUCUCAGUGCGACUCAGUUUUCGUAUCAAACUUUGCUCUUUACCGCGCCGAAAAACUUACCCACCACCACAGGCUCAAGAGCUAUUGCGACGGGGAUGAGCACCGAGGCCACGCGCAGCUAUAGCGUAUGCCCCAGACUUUACUCAGUUUUGUUCUAACGACCCACUUGAGCCCUCUCACUUUAGGAAUAGAAAAAUACUAAUGACGUUCUCUAGUUUCCAUCAGCGUAAGGGACAGGAGGCACUCGCUACACUGCGGUACUAAGAACGACGUGCCGAGCGCCGACUGGCGUUGCGACGUCUAAGAACACACAUUCGUCCCAUUUGCAGGAUGAUAACGUCACACGAUUCCUAUCUAUGAUUCUAGGUUCCAGGCCUCCCAUAGAAAAUACUAAUAUUAAAGGGAUAACUAGUGUGUGACAAAUAGAAUGUAAGUUAAAGGUAGCGAAAACAAGGAGCCUGGAAUUAGAAUCAUUGCCAGCGGAACAGUGUGACGUCAUGCGCGAACUGCUUUAAAACUGGAGCCAAGAAUGGGACGACUGUGUGCUCUUAGGUUGCUGUUGAGUUUAUGAGGCAGCGUCAACGUGAGCAGUCCACCGUAACCCAGCACCAGGGCACGACCAAGGGCACGAUAACGACUUUGGAGAACACUGGUAUGGGCGCGCGACGGUCCCUCCCUCUACUAACCUUACUCAUACACGCUCACAUCUAACCGCAGGCCGAACUAAACUGACGAGCUGAACUGAACUGAAGGAAGCAUCCCCACCAUGAAGGUAUAAGUGCUGGAGUCGACAUCAGCCCUGAUCAGUGAAGCCGCCGAACUGUCAUUUGUCAUCUGUCAAGUGUCAGGUGUUGUCAGGUCAGGCUCCCCCUUAAUGGGCUCGGCCAGGCUCGCCCACCUGCAUGGAUUUCCGCAGCUGUAUGGAUCGAUCGUAGUAGACUCACUUUUAUUUCAGAUAAUCAAAGCUGUCGCUAAGUGCUAUUUAUUGGUGAAGUCAUGGAGGUGAGGUUUUCAAGUGUCAGGUGUUGUCAGGUCAGGCUCCCCCUCGAUGGGCUCGGCCAGGCUCGCCCACCUGGAUUCUCGUAUCAAUAAAUGAACGGUAAUAAAAAACACCACCAUCAUAAUGGAUGAGACGGGGUCUGGAGGUAGCAACUACGGUAGUGGGCGUGAGCUCUCACCCGGGUAUCCCCCAUCUUGCGGCCCUAAACAUGACAGUUUGGCGGCUUCACCUCAAUGAAUGGGAUUAGCAGCCCAUGUCGACUCCACCAAUUCUACCUCCAUGAUCCCCACACACUAUUCAAUCAGGACUGCAGGCGCGGUCUCAGCUCCACGGAAGUUUUGUACAAGACAGGUCACGGCGCUCUCCCCGGACGACGAGAUAUUUCAUGCAUAUUGAGGCUGUUUGUGCAGUGAUAGGAGCAGACUGGACAACAAUAUUCAUGACCAAUGCUAUAUUCACGAGCUUCAUAAUUACAUAUAGGGAAAACACUAUUAAUGUAUCAGGGUAAGGGGAGGGGCAUAUCAGGACACCUCUCCAUUCAGAAAUGAUAUCUCUUUUGGCCGCUCUUUUCUGUUUUCUGUUGCAGGAGAAGUGUUAAACGGGCUGGUUUGUUUUCUUUUUGAGUUUGCCAUUAAGCUGUUUCCGCUACUGUAAAUAAAAGAAAAAGAUCCAGCAAGGCGCACCCGGGAGUUGGCUGCAGACAUAAACAGCGAAGAGGCAGACAAGCAAAAGAAAAGUAUUCCUCGUAAGGCGUUGGAGUGGUUCUCUUCAUCCAUUGGUUGUUUCUUGAGCCGAGUGGCGCUGCCGAGUGACUGGGAGGAAACCUUUUGUUGUUUACAGUGUUACGUGAUCACCGUUACUGGAAUAAAGAUUUUUUGUACUGAA